AUGAGCGGAAUCAUCAACAAGGUCAAAGACGCCCUCAGCGGUGAUCAUCACGAUAACACUACUACUACCACCGGCAGCCACGCAACACACAGCACGAAUGCCGGCCCUCACAGCUCAAAUGUGGCCAACAAGGCUGAUCCCCGUGUAGAUUCAGACCGCGAUCACCGUGGAACCACCACCGGUGGAUAUGGAUCUUCAGCCACCACUGGAUACGGUUCUACAGCUACUGGUUCAACAAACCACGGCCCUCACAAUUCCAACGUGAUGAACAAGGCCGAUCCUCGCGUGGAUUCUGACCGUGACCACCGCGGUACAACUCACCCUGGUACCGCUGGUGGUGUUGGCGGUUUUGGUUCAGCUCACACCGCCGGAUCCACAAACUAUGGCCCUCACGACUCCAACGUGGCAAACAAGCUUGAUCCCACAGUUGACUCUGACCGUGACAACCGUGGAGCUCAUAACACUCACAAUCCCCUUGGUACUACAACUGGCGGAUACGGGGCCCACGGAAACACUGGGUCAACCAACUACGGUCCUCACGACUCCAACAUGGCAAACAAGCUUGACCCCCGAGUUGAUUCUGACCGCGAUAACCGUGGCGCCCACGGAGUGACCGGCACCGGAGUUGGUGGAACCACCUAUGGUUCACAUAACACCGGCCCUCACAACGCUCCCGUUUUGAACAAGGCCGACCCCCGUGUCGACUCUGACCGCGAUCAUCGUGGUGCUGGAGCUGGAGCUUUCGGAGCUGGCACUGGUGCUGGCGGAUACGGAACUACCCACACCGCUGGAUCCACCAACUACGGACCACACGAUUCAAACAUGGCAAACAAGCUUGACCCCCGAGUUGAUUCAGAUCGCGACAACCGUGGUGCCCACAACACUCACAAUACCCACGGUGUUACCACUGGUGGCUACGGAACUCACAACGCCCCAGGAUCAACCAACUAUGGUCCUCACGACUCCAACAUGGCCAACAAGCUUGACCCAACAGUUGAUUCUGACCGAGAUAACCGUGCACAUGGAGCUCACGCCACCACUGGCAACCACGGUACUACCACUGGACUUGGAGGAUAUGGUACUACUCAUACCGCUGGCUCAACAAACCAUGGACCUCAUGACUCGAACCUGAUGAACAAGGCUGAUCCUCGAUUCGACUCUGACCGCGACCACCGUGCAGCUCACGGUGUUACUGGAGCUCACGGUGUUACUGGAGCUCACGGUGUUACCGGAGCUCACGGGCACGGAACCCACAAUGUCCACAACACCGGCCCCGCACCAAACACUGCUGGUCCCCACAAGAGCGAUAUGAUGAACAAACUUGACCCCCGCGUCGACUCCGACCUCGACGGAAGCAAGACCAUGGGUCAGGAUAAGACCUACUCCAGCGGAACCACUGGAAACACUCAUUCUGGUUCUCUUGCUGGAAAAGACAGAACAGAUGCGGCGCAGGUUCCGCCGAGCGCAUUUAAGCAGACUGGUGCUGGAGGAGAUAUGACGCACACGCAUGUCUAA